AUGGCGAAGAAAUCCUCCAAAAUAGCUCCAAGAAUGUUCCCAAGUCGCUCUCUCUCUCUAGGGUUCGUCCCUUGGGUGUUUGGGAUCCAAAACCCAGCUCUCCUCUUCUUUGGUUCGGAAUUUGGCUUAAAACCAGGAAAUCCCGACUCGCACGGCCAGGGUGCACGGCCGUGCAUAUCACCAUUCUGGCCGUGCAACUCAAAACGCAGCGUGUCAUUUAGUCGAACUUCAGCCCUCUCGCACGGCCAGGGUGCACGGCCGUGCGAGCUUCAGGGGUUGCCCGUGCGUGUCCUCGGUAUAAGGCGCACGGCCAUAUUGCUCACGUGCACGGCCGUGCAGCCUCCCUGGUCUGCCCGUGCAGCUCCCCAAAAACCUCGCCAUUCGUCCGUUCUUCGUCCAAUCGACCCCAGACUCGCUCCUAAGCCUUCAUUCACGUACUAG